AUGCCAUCAUCUCGCACCCGGGCACGUCCGCGCAUCCCUCUCUUCCGUAGCCUGAGUGCCAAUGCGGCUGCUUCAGAUAGCGAUGUCAGCGCCACGAGCAGCCAGGACGAUCGACAAGCCAAGUCCGGCAGCGGGCGUCAGCGGUCGUCGGGCGGCUGGAGUCUGCCCACGCUGUCGACACUCGCCAACUUCAACUUCCAUCGCCGCGGGCGGACCAAGUCAGACGCCAAACGGAGAGCUGUAGAGGCCAAAGGCGGGCGAGAGGCCGAGCGGGAGGCCGAGCGGCCUGCAGCAUCUGCGUCUGCCAGAGUGUCGCCGCGAGGACAGUCGCCCAAUAACAACCCUCGGGCGGCAGCACCAGCCACAAGUGCGGAACCCACGUCUGCGUUUGCCUCUGCUUCUGCCACGGCGCUCGUCGAUGCGCCUUCUGCUUCACAUUCUCUUCAUCAUCCCGACACUGAUUCUCGACCCAACACCGCAACCAUUGCUACCUCUGCUCUUCCCCUUGCUCCUCCGACCAGUAAUCAUAGUCCCGACGGAGACCUCCGUCCUUCGACUGCGCCGAGCCCUCAGCCCGACUGUCCGCGAGUCUUUGUGCAGCGGCCUUCCACUCCCACUGUGCCAACCGCUGACCCGGAAACAUGCAGUCGAUAUGAUCCUGCCGGCGCCAUGCAGAGAAAGAUAUGGGUGAAACGCCCGGGCGCCUCCGCGACACGAGUCGAAGUCGCCGAAGAUGACCUCGUGGAUAACGUGCGCGAUGUCAUCCUGCAAAAAUACGCCAACUCGCUCGGGCGAAGCAUCGACUCCCCAGACAUCACCCUCAAAAUAGCCAGUCGCGAACAAAACAACAAAAACGUCAGCGCCGAGCGUGCUUUGGGCCCGGAGGAGCCCAUCGGCCAGACCCUCGAUGCCUACUAUCCUGGCGGUCAAACCGUCGACGAAGCUCUCGUCAUCGACGUUCCUCCACGCCGAACCACUCCCCGAGCGUCUCCCCGACCCGGCAACCACCAUAUCUACUACUAUCCCGAGCAGUUCCGCCCCGAUGAAGCUGCCCGCGAGUACUUUCCUCCCAUGCAGCUACACUCUCCUCACCUUGCCCACGUCCCUCACCCCAACUCUGUUCCUCAUUCCAUGGCCGUUUUGACGACGGGUCAGCUGCCGCCACUGCCGAGUCCUGGCUCACACGGGCAGAGGAGACACGCGAGACCAAAAUACGGGAGGCAACACACGAGUAGUCCCACGAUCCUUCACACCGUCCAGCCGAACGGCCAGGUCAUAGAGUCCAAGGCACCGAUCAAUGGCCCUGUCCCAUCGGCACCACCACUACCAACACCGCCAGCUCAAGGACCGAAUGAGCACAAGCCAUCGAUCACACCUCCCAAUCGGGUCUCCUCGCCGCACCCAGGCCAGAAACCGAAGAGAAGGAAAGGCCCUUUUGGUGCCCGGUCCACGAAUGGCGAUCCCCAGGCCACUCCCAAAUCACUUCCCGCCGCUGCAAGCUUGCUGGACGGAACGGUCCCGCCGAUUAAUGUGUUGCUCGUGGAAGACAAUGUUAUCAACCUGAAAUUGCUCGAGGCCUUCAUGAAAAGGCUAAAAGUGAGAUGGAAGUCCGCCAUGAAUGGUAAGGAAGCAGUGUCCAUGUGGAAGCAGGGUGGAUUCCACUUGGUUUUGAUGGACAUCCAGCUUCCCGUGAUGAACGGCCUCGAAGCGACCAAAGAAAUCCGGCGGCUCGAAGCGGUCAACGGCAUCGGCGUUUUCAGCGGAAGCCCAAUCGAGACUGCCUUGAAACCGCCCACUAAGAAUGGCGGCCCCGUGGGCGAGGCAGAUGCCCUGCCCGAUCGAAGCUUGUUCAAGAGUCCCGUCAUCAUCGUGGCGUUGACAGCAAGCAGUUUGCAGAGUGACAGGCAUGAAGCGUUGGCUGCGGGCUGUAACGACUUCUUAACAAAGCCUGUCAAUUUUGUAUGGAUGGAGCGCAAAGUCACCGAGUGGGGAUGCAUGCAAGCCUUGAUUGAUUUCGAUGGCUGGAGGAAAUGGAAACAGUACGCCGACGAAAAGGCAGCCGAAGAUCCCGCCAAGAAGGCAGCAGAGGAGAAAGAAGAAAAGGCCAAAGCAAAGGCGGCGCUCAAAGCCAUGUUCUCAAGACCUCCACCUACCACGAAGAAGGAAAAGGAUAGCACGAGCACGGGGUCGACGAGCACUGUCGAGAGAGCAACAACUCCCGUACAGAACGGAACGCCCAAGAAGGGUGGCGGUCCAGGCGCUGGCUCCAGUGCCCGAAGCCAUAAAAGCACCCGGAGCAAUGCCAGCGGAGGUGGAGGAAACUUGGAGAGUAUGGCAGAGGAGGAUGAAAACGGCAAAUCAUGA